CCCCCACCCCACUCUCCUUCCUAGUCCUUUCAUUGCUAAAGCUCCUGGUAUUCUAGGUUCCCUCAAGGCUGGUUUGUUUCCUUGGUGAACUGGAAAUCCUAGUAACCUUCAGGCCAGGAAUAGAUAGUUUACAUUUGUUUGACAAAUGUUUAAGUACCUUUUAAGUGCCAGACAUGGUGGUAGGUAGGACCUGAGUAUUAUAGAAUAUGAGAUUCCUUUUUGCAAGGAGUUUACAGUUGAGGAGGAGAAGAUAGGUGAUAACCAAUAAUUAUAGUAUGACAGGGGUGUGCACACAUUCCUAUGGAUGGAAGCACAGAGGAGGGGUAGCUGACUCAGACUUGGGGGGAUGGGGGAAGGAUGUCUAGAAUGCAUCUUAAAGUGUUACCUGAGCUAAUCUUCAAUAAUAGGUAAGAGUUAACUAGGUCCAGAAAGAGGGAAAGUACAUCUUAUACCAGUGCUGUCCUAUAGAAAUUUAAUACAAGCCACAAAUAUGUUACAUAUAUAAUUUAAAAUUUUCUAGUAACCACAUUUUAAAAAGUAAAAAGUGAAAUUGGUUUUAAUAAUAUAAACUCAGUAUAUCCAAAAUAUCAUUUCAACAUGCAUUCAGUAUAAAAAGUAAUAUCGAAAUAUGACAUUUCCAUUUUCAUACUGUCUUCAGAAUCUGGUGCAUAAUUUUCUACUGUUUUCAGAAUCUGGUGUGUAAUUUACACUUAUAGCACUCUCAAUUUGGACAACUACAUUCACAUACUCAAUAGCUGCAGGUGAGUGGACAGCAACAGUACAGCUUUAGAACAGGGUGGAUGAAGUAAUAAGCCAAAUCAAUGAUUGUCUUGUGAACCAAGUUAAGGAACUUUAACUUAAUUCCAAAAGUUGCAGGGAUUUAGGGGGGGAAAAAAAUUAUGCUCUGGUAGAAUGAGAUUUGUAUUUUAGACCCGUCAUUUUGACAGUGAAGUGAAUAUUGAAUUAGAGAGGGACAAAACUGGAAGCAAGAACCAGUUAUGAAGCUAUUCCUGGUGAGAAAUGAUGAAGAGUGUAGAAGAGGGAGUGGCUCUAUGAGAGAUUUAGGAAGUAUUAUUAACGGGACAGGAUAAAUCUAUUUAGAUUAUAGAAUUGAGCAAGAUUGAAGAUUUUAGAUGAUUCCUACAUUUCUGUUGUGAUCUGCUGAGUAGAUUGGGCAAGCAGCUGAAGAGAAGCUAACCAUCUGUGCCAGACAGACCAAAGAUGAAAAAAGGAAAUAGAGAUUUGUCAUGGAAGCUGAAGGAGAAUAUUAUUUCAAGGGCUAGGAGUGGUCAACACUGUGUCCUGCCUCCAAAAGGAAAAGUAAGAUAAAGACCGAAUAAAGUCUCUGAGACUUGGUGAUUAGGAUGUCUUUUAUAACUUCUGCUAGAACACUUAGCUACAUUGUAAUGCAUGGGGGUGGGUGUUGAAAAGUGAAUGACAACUGUAAGUGUAGCUAAUUGAGAGGGAUACAAUGUUUUCAACAAAGGACUCUAAAGGAGUCUGUAAGCAGGGGGAGAUACUUGGGAUUUAGAGAAUCUUGGACAUGCUUAAUGUGAGCCUGGAAAGAGCCACUGGAGAGGAGAAACUGAAGAAGAGUAUAUAUGUGUAUGCUUGGUGGGCGUGGGAGACUGGCUGGUGGAUGGAGGCAAGGAUUUGAAGGUAAUAGGGAAUGAGAUCCAGGGUGUAGGUAGAGAAGUUGGCCUUAAGUAGAAGGUGGUCUCACUUUUCCAGUGAGCAGAAAGGAAGGAGAUGGAUGGCAGUGUAAAUAAGUUUGUAACUGACAGAGCAGGAAGGAAGAGCUGAUGAUAUGUCUUGUAUAAUUUUUGAUCAUCUGCUAAGAGUGAAGGGAACAUGGUAGAAUAGGAGUUUUUAAACAAUGUAUGUGAGGCCAAGUGCUGUGGCAUGUGCCUGUAGUUCCGUCUACUCAGUAGGCUGAGGCAGGAGGAUCGCUUGAACCCAGAAGUUGAAGGCCAGCCUGGGCAACAUAAUGAGACCCUAUUUCUUAAAAAAAACACACACAAACAAAAAAGCCAGGUAAAAUGAAUCCACCCCUGUGAAAGGAAUGGAAAAAAAGAUAGUCUGUAGUUUAUACAUACUCUUUGUAAACGGCUUCUAAAUGGCUUCCAAGGCAAUGGGGUGGAGGUAAGGGAGAGAGAGGUAGACAGACAGACACAUGACUAGGAAACUGAAGAAGGAUUGUUAGUUACAUGACUAGGAAACUGAAGGAUUGUUAGUUAGCAUUGAGGACCUGUUUAUUUCAGAUUGUAGACCUCACAUUUGUAGCAGUACCAAUUUGCUUGGUUGGUUUUUCUCCAGCAGUGAGUGAUCAGACUAUCUGAAGAAACUAUUUAAUACUCUCAAGAACCUUAUGAGUUAUGUAUUGUUACUGUUACUCUCCUUGUUUGUAAGAUGAACAGCUCGGGUUUAAAUUCUGCCCAGGCUGUUAUCCGCUGCUUUGUAGAUAUCUGUUUGGUAGAUAUAUCUGAAGGACAGUUGGUUGAGGGAAUUAAUGAUAUUGAGUAUUGCAGCUCUACCGAAGAACUAUGGAGUCCUCCUGGAUCAUGAGCUGGAAGCCUGUAAGGAGGUGAUCCAGUUGGGAGAAAAUGAGGAGCAUGAAAUGCUAGAAGUCAGUGUGAAGCUGUAGAGCAGAUGAAGAGCAAAUAAUACUAACUUCUAUUUGUGGAGUACCUCCUAUGUGCUAGACACUUUAAUACCUAGUUCUGAUCCUAACACUAACUCAACAAUGUUGUUAUUUACCUUAUAUUAUUUCCUUUGUUCUCCUUCAGAUGAAGAAACUGAGGAUUAGAAGGGUUAAAUAACAUAUCCAGACACACCCUGUCAAGUGAUGGAACCAGAAUUCAAAGCCCAUUCUUUCUUGUCCAAACCAUGUUCGUUUCAAGUCAGAGGAUAAGAUAGAAAAUACAGUAAUUGGGCCUGGCACAGUGGCUCAUACCUGUAAUCCCAGCACUUUGGGAGGCCAAGGUGGGUUGAGGUCAGGACAUUAAGAUCAGCCUGGGCAACAUGGUGAAACCCAGUCUCUUACAAAAAAAAAAAAAAAUACAAAAAAUUAGCUAGACAUGGUGGUGCACACCUGUAGUCCCACCUACUCAGGAGGCUGAGGUGGGAGGAUCACUUGAGCCUGAGAGGUUCCAUCUGCAGUGAACUGUGAUUGCGCCACUGCACUCCAGCCUGGGUGACAGAGCAAGACCCUGUCUCAAAAAAAAAAAAAAAAAAAAAAAAAAGGAAAGAAGGAAGGAAAGGAAGGAAGGGAAGGAAGGAAAGAAAAGAAGGAAAGAAAGAAAAGAAAAUGCAGGCUGGGUGUGGUGGCUUAUUCCUGUAAUCCCAGCACUAUGGGAGGCUGAAGUGGAAAGAUCGUCUGAGCCCAGGAGUUUAAGACCAGCCUAGGCAACAUAGGGAGGCCUCAUCUCUAAAAACUGUAAUAAAUUAGCUGGGUGUGGUGGCAUGUGCCUGUGGCCCUAGCUACUUAGGAGGCUGAGGUCAAAGGAUCACUUGAGCCUGGAUGGUAGAGGCUGUAGUGAGCCAUGAUCGCACCACAGCACCCCAGUCUGGGCAACAGAGUAAGACCCUGUCACGAAAAACAAACAGAAAAACUGCUGCUGUAUACUCUUCACCUGGGUUCCUCUAAUGUUAACAUCCUACAUAACCAUGGUGCAUUUAUCAAGCUAAGAAAUUAGUAUUGGUAGGAUGCUUCAACCAAGCUUCAAACUUCUUUUAUAUUUUACCAGUUUUUCUAGUAUUCUUUUUCCAUUCUGUUAUCCAAACCAUGAUAUUAUAUUACUUCAGUUGUCUUCUUUGUCUCUUCGAAUGUAUGGCAGUUUCUUGGUCUUUUCUUAUGUUUUAUAACCUUGACACAAGUAUUUUGUAGAAUAUUCUUCAGUUUAGGUUUGCCUGAUGUUUUCUCAUGAUUAGAUUGGGGUUAUGGAUUUUGGGGGAGAGUACCACAGAGGUGAAGUGCCCUUAUUAUUUCAUGCAGGAGGUACAUGAUAUCAAAUAAUUUAUCACUUGUGAUCACUCUGUUAAGGUGGUUUCUGCCAGGUUUGUCCACUGUAAAGUUACUAUUUUUCCUUUCCCAUACUCCGUGCACUAGAAACAGGUUACUAAGUUUAGCCCACACUUAAAGGGAUGGGAAUUAAACCCCACUUCCUGGAGGGAGAAGUAUAAAAGAAUUUGUGGACAUACAUUAAAACCACCACAGUAAUUGGUAAAUAUUUCGAGAGAGCUACUUUGAGGCUUUGCCAGUAUCCUGUUUCUGCCCACUAAUUUUAGCAUUCAUUAGUGGAUCUUGCCUGCAGCAAUUAUUGCUGUGGGUUCUGAAGGUACUUUUUAAAAAUUUUCCUCAUUCUUUCUACAUUUAUUCAUUGGAAUUCUUCUAUAAGGAGAGUUUUCCCUUCUAUCUAAUCAUUUAUCUCAGUUCAAAUUCAUAGAUAUUUAUUUUAUUCUUAGUGUUAGAAUUAAAUGCUAUCAUUAUUUUGUUGCUCAAAUUAUUCCAGUUUUGGGCCUUGGGAUCUCUUUUAGGUCUACUUCUGUGUCCUUUUGGCAUAUUUCUAUUCUUUUUUUAUGUGUAUGUACAUGCACACUUCUUUAUUCUCUGACACUGCCACAUGCUUCAGGUUCAUCUUGUUUUUUUUUCCUGCCUCAGCCCUAGAAUCAAUUAUUUCUCUAAGGAACCUUGGUUCCUUUCACUGGAGGAUGAUAUUUUGAAGCCAAGAUCUCGAUGCUAAGUGUGCUCAUUUCUGUGGAGUAUCAUUGCUCCUAGACUUUCUCAGUGGAAAGAACUAGGAAAUGCAUUGUGAAGUUUUAACUUGGAGACCCAGAAUUCAAACUUGAAACUAUAGAAGAGAGGAUGAAGAGAAUAUUAGCAGUUGAAAGGAAAAUGUAGAAAUGGAAACAUUAUGUAUAUUUAACAGAAAACAAUGAUCAACAUGAAAUGUUGAAGAUAUAUGUUCUAAGUGAUAGCUAUGUGAAGAUAUGGUUCAGAGAAGGCAAAUUGCAUGUAUUAUUUGAUACACGGAGAGAAGAUUCAGGUAUCGGCCCAAACUGGAACUUAUGCUGUAGACAUUUCUUUGUGGUUUAUCUAAAAACCAAAGGCCUAGUGGUGCAUAUAUCUGAAUGAGGACCUGUCUUGGAAGUGGACUCAGGGCCAUUUGAGCAGAGUUCUGGGGUUUCAGUUGAAUUCUUUUAGAAGAAGGUAAAAACCUCUUGAGAUGUGACUGUUUCCAUCUAUCUUCUGCUUGCCAGGCAUGCUCGGAGUGGUAAAAAAAUUUGAGUCACCUGAUGUGCAAAUUCUCAGCUGUAGUUGAACAAGGAAAAGAAUACUUGAGAUCCAUUUGUAAGGAAAGAAAAGGAAGCAACAACAUAAUGCCCAGAGUUGGAGCCAAUUAAACCAGUAAACAUUGCUAUCUUCAGAAACUAAGGAAUGAGAGGCAAGGAAGAAAGGACAUUCAUCUUGGAAAGACCCAAAGCACCUUGAAAUUUGGAAGACAUGUUAUGCUAGCUGCUAAAACCACCGUGGUCACCAGAAUGAAUGAAGUGCUUCAGAUUUAAACAAUUGAUCAUUCUUAGAAGAGCUGCUGUAACACAUAGGGGAAGUGAAAACUAACAGAUGAAAGUUUUGUCAUGCACUGAAAGAAAAGCAUUGUCUGUGAAGUUCUAUUUUUAAAAAUGUCUGCUUGUAACACCUUUACUGAACAUGUUUGGAAACCUGGUGAAUGCAAGAAUUGCUUUAAACCUAAAAGUUUGCACCAGCUUCCCCCAGACCCUGAGAAGGCACCCAUCACCCAUGGCAAUGUGAAAACUAAUGCCAAUCACAGUAACAACCACCGCAUCAGGAACACCGGCAAUUUCCGGCCUCCUGUGGCUAAAAAACCCACUAUAGCUGUGAAGCCCACUAUGGUAGUGGCAGAUGGGCAAAGUAUAUGUGGUGAGCUUAUCAUCCAAGAACACUGUGAGAACAAACCUGUCAUCAUAGGGUGGAACCGAAACAGAGCUGCCUUGAGUCAGAAACCACUUAACAAUAAUAAUGAAGAUGAUGAAGGAAUUAGCCAUGUUCCUAAGCCUUAUGGCAAUAAUGAUAGUGCAAAGAAGAUGUCAAAUAACAAUAAUGGACUAACUGAAGUGUUAAAGGAGAUAGCAGGCUUGGAUACUGCCCCUCAGAUAAGAGGAAAUGAAACAAACUCCAGAGAAACAUUCUUGGGAAGAAUAAAUGAUUGCUAUAAACGAUCAUUGGAAAGAAAGCUUCCACCAAGUUGCAUGAUAGGUGGGAUAAAGGAAACUCAGGGCAAGCAUGUUAUUCUGAGUGGGAGCACAGAAGUGAUUAGUAACGAAGGGGGCCGGUUCUGUUACCCAGAGUUUUCCAGUGGCGAGGAGAGUGAAGAGGAUGUACUUUUCAGUAACAUGGAGGAGGAGCACGAGAGUUGGGAUGAGAGUGAUGAAGAGCUGUUGGCCAUGGAGAUUCGCAUGAGAGGGCAACCUCGCUUUGCCAACUUCAGAGCAAACACUUUGUCUCCUGUUCGAUUCUUUGUGGACAAAAAAUGGAAUACCAUCCCCCUGCGAAACAAGUCUCUGCAGAGAAUCUGUGCUGUGGACUAUGAUGACAGCUAUGAUGAAAUCCUGAAUGGUUAUGAGGAAAAUUCUGUGGUCUCUUAUGGACAAGGAAGCAUUCAGAGCAUGGUGUCAUCUGACUCCACAUCACCAGAUUCUUCUUUAACAGAAGAAUCACGUUCUGAGACAGCCAGUAGUUUAUCCCAGAAGAUUUGUAAUGGGGGAAUAUCUCCUGGUAACCCAGGAGAUUCUAAGGACAUGAAGGAAAUUGAGCCCAAUUAUGAAAGUCCCUCUAGUAAUAAUCAGGAUAAAGAUUCAUCACAAGCUUCCAAAAGCUCAAUAAAAGUUCCAGAGACCCACAAAGCAGUCCUUGCUCUCCGAUUAGAAGAGAAAGAUGGCAAGAUUGCUGUACAAACUGAGAAGGAAGAAAGUAAAGCCUCUACAGAUGUUGCUGGGCAAGCAGUAACCAUAAACCUUGUCCCCACAGAAGAGCAAGCAAAACCCUACCGAGUUGUGAAUCUGGAACAGCCAUUGUGCAAGCCGUAUACUGUCGUGGAUGUGUCAGCAGCCAUGGCCAGUGAGCACCUCGAGGGCCCUGUUAACAGCUCCAAGACAAAAAGCUCAUCUACUCCAAACUCUCCAGUUACAUCAUCUUCAUUGACACCAGGACAAAUAAGUGCCCAUUUCCAGAAACCCAGUGCAAUUCGAUACCAAGAAGUAUGGACUUCUAGCACCAGUCCACGACAAAAGAUACCUAAAGUAGAACUAAUUACUAGUGGAACUGGACCAAAUGUUCCUCCAAGGAAAAACUGUCACAAAUCAGCACCUACAUCACCCACAGCUACAAACGUUUCCUCCAAAACCAUCCCUGUUAAGUCACCUAAUUUGUCUGAAAUAAAAUUUAAUAGUUAUAACAAUGCUGGUAUGCCACCUUUUCCAAUUAUCAUUCAUGACGAGCCAACUUAUGCUCGGAGUUCCAAAAAUGCUAUCAAAGUUCCCAUUGUGAUCAAUCCAAAUGCAUAUGACAAUCUAGCUAUCUACAAAAGUUUUCUGGGAACAAGUGGAGAACUCUCAGUGAAAGAAAAAACCACAAGUGUAAUAAGCCAUACUUAUGAAGAAAUAGAAACUGAAAGCAAAGUGCCUGAUAACACCACUAGCAAAACCACUGACUGUCUUCAAACUAAAGGGUUUUCAAACAGCACAGAGCAUAAAAGGGGCUCAGUGGCUCAGAAGGUUCAAGAGUUUAACAACUGUCUCAACAGAGGUCAGUCUUCGCCACAAAGAAGCUAUAGUUCCAGCCACAGCUCCCCAGCAAAGAUCCAGAGAACCACUCAAGAGCCUGUGGCCAAAAUAGAAGGCACUCAGGAGUCUCAGAUGGUGGGCGGCAGCAGCACCAGAGAGAAAGCAAGCACAGUGCUUUCUCAGAUCGUGGCUUCAAUCCAACCCCCACAGUCUCCUCCAGAAACACCUCAAUCUGGCCCUAAAGCUUGCAGUGUGGAAGAGCUUUAUGCCAUUCCUCCAGAUGCUGAUGUUGCUAAGAGUACACCUAAGAGUACGCCAGUCCGGCCCAAAUCUCUCUUUACAUCUCAGCCUAGUGGUGAGGCUGAAGCACCUCAGACCACAGACAGUCCUACCACCAAAGUACAGAAAGACCCAUCCAUAAAGCCAGUCACCCCUUCUCCCUCCAAAUUAGUGACUAGCCCCCAGAGUGAGCCACCACCUCCCUUCCCCCCGCCACGAUCUACUUCCUCUCCUUACCAUGCAAGUAACCUUUUGCAGAGGCAUUUCACCAACUGGACCAAGCCAACCAGCCCUACCAGGUCAACAGAAGCUGAAUCAGUUUUGCACUCUGAAGGCAGCAGGCGGGCAGCUGAUGCAAAACCCAAGCGCUGGAUAUCAUUUAAAAGCUUCUUCCGCCGUCGGAAAACAGAUGAGGAGGAUGACAAAGAGAAAGAGCGAGAGAAAGGGAAACUGGUGGGCCUGGAUGGCACAGUCAUUCACAUGCUGCCUCCUCCUCCAGUUCAGCGCCAUCACUGGUUCACAGAGGCAAAAGGAGAGUCCAGUGAGAAACCAGCCAUUGUCUUCAUGUACAGGUGCGAUCCUGCUCAAGGCCAGCUCAGUGUGGAUCAGAGCAAGGCUAGGACAGACCAGGCAGCAGUCAUGGAGAAGGGUAGAGCAGAGAAUGCAUUACUACAGGACUCAGAGAAGAAGAAGAGGAGUCAUCCUUCUCCAUCACAGAUUCCUAAGAAGAUUCUCAGUCACAUGACCCAUGAAGUAACAGAGGAUUUUUCUCCUCGGGAUCCAAGAACUGUUGUUGGGAAGCAAGAUGGUGGGGGCUGCACUUCAGUCACAACAGCAUUGUCCCUUCCUGAACUGGAAAGGGAAGAUGGAAAAGAAGACAUUUCAGAUCCUAUGGACCCAAACACUUGUAGUGCAACAUACAGCAACUUAGGGCAAUCUAGAGCAGCCAUGAUACCUCCCAAGCAGCCACGACAGCCCAAGGGAGCUGUGGACGAUGCCAUCGCCUUUGGAGGGAAAACAGACCAAGAAGCAACCAAUGCUUCCCAACCUACACCACCCCCACUGCCAAAGAAGAUGAUCAUAAGAGCCAAUACAGAGCCAAUCUCCAAGGACCUCCAGAAAUCCAUGGAAAGUAGUCUUUGUGUCAUGGCUAAUCCCACCUAUGAUAUCGACCCCAACUGGGAUGCCAGCAGUGCUGGUUCUUCCAUCAGCUAUGAACUCAAAGGACUGGACAUUGAGUCUUACGACUCCUUGGAAAGGCCUUUGCGCAAGGAGAGACCUGUCCCCUCAGCAGCAAACAGCAUUUCCAGCUUAACCACUCUCAGUAUUAAGGAUAGAUUUUCCAACAGCAUGGAAUCCCUCUCCAGCCGGCGUGGGCCCUCUUGCAGACAGGGCAGAGGCAUCCAGAAGCCACAGAGACAAGCACUUUAUCGAGGACUUGAGAAUCGGGAGGAAGUAGUGGGUAAAAUCCGAAGCCUUCAUACAGAUACCUUGAAGAAACUGGCUGUUAAAUGCGAAGACCUUUUCAUGGCUGGGCAGAAAGACCAGCUCCGUUUUGGAGUGGACAGCUGGUCAGACUUCAGGCUAACCAGUGACAAACCAUGUUGUGAGGCAGGUGAUGCGGUUUACUAUACUGCUUCAUAUGCAAAAGAUCCACUUAAUAACUAUGCAGUCAAGAUCUGUAAGAGCAAAGCUAAAGAAUCUCAGCAGUAUUAUCACAGCUUGGCUGUCCGGCAGAGUCUGGCUGUCCAUUUUAACAUUCAGCAGGACUGUGGUCAUUUCCUUGCUGAAGUCCCUAACCGUCUGCUUCCCUGGGAGGAUCCAGAUGACCCUGAAAAGGAUGAGGAUGGCAUGGAAGAGACUGAAGAAGAAUCCAAAGGAGAAACGGAUGGGAAAAACCCAAAGCCCUGUUCUGAAGCAGCAUCAUCCCAGAAAGAGAAUCAGGGAGUCAUGAGCAAGAAGCAGAGGAGCCAUGUUGUGGUCAUCACCAGGGAGGUUCCAUGUCUUACUGUGGCUGAUUUUGUGCGAGACUCUCUGGCCCAGCAUGGGAAAAGCCCUGAUUUGUAUGAGAGGCAGGUGUGUCUGCUGCUUUUACAGCUAUGCUCUGGUCUUGAGCACCUCAAACCCUACCAUGUCACUCACUGCGAUCUACGCCUGGAGAACCUGCUACUUGUCCACUACCAGCCUGGGGGGACUGCCCAAGGCUCUUGGCCUGCAGAGCUCAGCCCCACCUCAUCUUAUCCCACUAGGCUUAUCGUGAGCAACUUCUCUCAGGCCAAGCAGAAGAGCCAUCUGCUGGACCCCGAGAUCCUCCGGGACCAGUCUCGCCUUGCCCCAGAGAUCAUAACAGCUACCCAAUAUAAAAAGUGUGAUGAGUUCCAGACAGGCAUCCUCAUCUAUGAGAUGCUGCACCUACCCAACCCCUUUGAUGAGAACCCAGAGCUGAAGGAGAGGGAAUACACACGAGCAGACCUGCCUCGCAUCCCAUUCCGCUCCCCCUACUCCCGGGGUCUGCAGCAGCUGGCCAGCUGCCUCCUGAAUCCCAACCCUUCUGAGCGGAUCCUCAUUUCAGACGCCAAAGGCAUCCUCCAGUGUCUGCUCUGGGGCCCCCGCGAAGAUCUCCUCCAGACUUUCACUGCCUGCCCUAGCCUAGUACAGAGGAACACCCUGCUCCAAAACUGGCUAGACAUCAAGCGAACACUGCUCAUGAUCAAGUUUGCUGAGAAGUCCCUGGACAGGGAAGGUGGGAUCAGCCUUGAGGACUGGCUUUGCGCUCAGUAUUUGGCUUUUGCCACUACAGACUCCCUCAGUUGUAUUGUGAAAAUUCUGCAGCACCGUUAAUGUGUACCUGGAUGAUGCUUUUACCACAUCUUCACCUUCUUCGUGUCACCCAUGCACUUCCCCUUCCUAGUGCUCACUCCAAAUUCAAGGAAAGAAGAAAGACAAACCUCUAUCCCUGUCCAUGAACAAGUGGGUGCAUUCAGAAAGGUUAUCCACUGCCCCAGAUUGAAUGAGAAGCUGAGUCUGUCUUAACUUUACAGAAAUUCAGAUGCAGUAACUUGCGGUUGCCUUCCCUUGAAACACGUUCUAUCCUAAUAGUCCCAUAAAUGCAGGUAAAAAUGAAAAUCCAUAUUCUUGAAGGGACAGCUUCUUUGGUAUGAACUCAGUGAGCCAGUGAGCUGUGUCCAUUUCCUCCAUAAUUCUGGAUAUCACCUAUCUUUUUAGCACCAAGUAUUCUCACUAGCAGUAGACAGACUUAACCAGUCUCUACCAUGACCCAGUAGACUCUGGCAACAGACUCUUCCUUUAAGGUGUCAACAACUGACUUACUAGGCAGAACUGCCAUCCUUAGCAUCGGCCCAGUUUUGGUUACCAGGGACUAUAUCCUUUGUUCCAGGAGAGAGUAGAAAGAAAAGGAGAGAUCCCAUCCUUGGGUCAUAGACCCAUUUUCAUUGCCAUUAUCUGUAAGUAUGUGCACUGCAUGGAGGACAGCCCUAAUAGUCUCCCCUCUGCUGCCACUGCCUGAUUCUCCACUCUGUCCCCACUUGCCAGUGAAGUUUGGAUUUAUCAGCCACUUGUGUCCCAUUAGAGAGCUGACCCAAGGUGGUGUCACCAGUGCCUCAGCAGGGUGGAGUGCAGUUCAGAGCUUAUAAAUAGCUGGCAAGGCAUGAGGAGAUGAUUUUCUUGCAUGUGCAAUUCUCUAGGGGCCAUCAGGGAACAGAGUUUAAAGUACCCUUUGAUUACUGUCAGAACUGUCAGCAUUUGCAGUUUUCCCCGAGCAGUAAUUGGCCAGCUCCCUUCUAUCAGUAGCCAGUGUUAACUAGUUUACCAAAUGCUGUAAACAAUUGCCCUGAAUGAAAUAGCUGUCAGUGGAGCUCUAAGAUCUCCUUUAGAGGGCACAGUGAGGUGGGCUGUUGGGAUAGCCGUAGGCAGGGGAGAGGAAGAAGGCCACCGAUGAGACUGCUGACCUCCUUAGAAUGUUGACCUCUUCUAGAGAGACUGCCUCCCAGUGUAAGUGGCUCAUUGCUCCUUCUUACUCUCUCUAAAAUGGCUCUGGAGGACAGCUCACAGGAAUUCUGAUUGCUGAGGUGGAUGAUUGAGAGCUGUUCACUGUGUGUGCAGCCUGUGCUCCCCUUCUAUGGAUAUAUGUGCAAUUUUUGUAUGUAUUUGUUUUAGCUGUAUAUUACAGUGUUUAUGUUGCAACUUCACCUGAAGCGAGUCUACAGAAACCUUCCCCCUUCUUCCCUGGGCACAUAUUUGCGCUAAGAGAUGAGCGUUCCUUCCACUGGGGUGUGUGUGUGUGUGUAUGUGUGUGUGUGUGUAUACACGUGUGCACCUGUGCUUGUUUUAUUCAAAACUGUGAGUAUGUGUUUACUUGGACCUUGAAAUCCCAAGAGUCACUCGAACAAUGUGUGUGUACACUUGUGUGCCCAUGUGUGCGUGCACACGCAUGCUGGAAGCGGAGGCCAGGCCUCUAGAGAAGCAACCUGUGGCAGGGUUGACAGACAUGUUCUCUGUGCCUAGUGAGUGAGUGAGCCCUGAGGCCCCUCAUCUACCAGUGCAGAGUUUCCUUAAAGCCAAGACUGAUUGUGCAGUAUUACUUACAUAGCACAUUAGUGGCCUUGGAAAUUUCUAAACUUUUAACAUUUUUAACAGCCUUUCAUGUGAUUCAUGUAUAUCAAAGAGGAUCAGGAAAGGAAAAUAAUGUAUUUUAUUGUGCUCUUAUUAUUUUUUUAAGUGAUUGGACUAUGUGAGGCUCUAUUUGGAGAAUGUCCUUAUCCCCUGGCCAGCAAUAUAGGACUCACAGGAAAGAAGGCUGGUUAGCCCACAAAGAGUCUUGCCUCGUCUAGCCAGAGUGCAGGGCUCUGCUCCUAGGAAUGGCCAUGGAGUGGGCAUGCUGCUGCAGGCCAGCAGUCCGCUCUUGGUGUCCUGUGGCAUGGCCGCGCCUUGCCUUGAAGGUUGGUGUUUGGUUCAUCUUAGCAUAGACCAUGUGCACAUAAUUCCUUGCCUGAUUAUGCACUGAAGUGGCAGCACACAGACCACUGACCAUGUCAGCCAGCACAUUCCCUUAACCUCCCCCAUCUCCCAUCUUGCAAUGGCUUGCAUAUUGAGAUAUACCUUCUCAAUGUCACGUUCGUGGUGCCUUGCCCAUGUAAAUUUGAAUGUUGACUAUUUAAUGAGGUUACAUAUUUAAUGCAGAAUGUUUCCUGGUCCCUCUAUUUGUUAUGUCUCUACAUAUCUUUUUUUUCUUUCUCUUUGUCUGUUAUGAUUUGGAUCCAGUCUUCUCUUUAACUCUAUGGUAUAAUAAGCAUGGACACCUCCACUACCAUUAUCUUACAGCACUGGUAAACCAAGCACCUCUUCACAUCAGAUGUUUUUAGUACUGUUUUUAUAUUCAGAUUUGUUAAGGGCAAAAGAUGAAUGCGAACUAGCCAGAGAAAAGCCUCAGGCUUACCAGAGACAGGUGGCUAGAUUAAUUUUUCUCUGGGUGAUGGCCAAAGAAUGUGAGAUAGAGAGGGAAGAGGGUGUUACAGGUUAGAGCAGAAUAGAGAAAGAAACUAUAUUUCUAGGCAAAAAGUACUACAUGAGUUGGUCUUCAGAAUAUUUUUCCAAAAAAAAAUGAAAUUCAGUCAGUUUAACAUUAUCACAAAUAUUUUUCAUUUUAAUUGUGGUAGGAACUUUGAAUUUGUUCAUCAACUGGAAAGAAAUCCUACCCUCUGUAGACACAUACACACACAUUUUAUAUAUAUAUAUAUAUAUAUAUGUUUGAAUUGUGACUAGUAUAGCACUUUACGUUUUCUCAAGUAACAGGAAGUUAUUGCCUUCAAUAUUGAUUGGAAAUUGUUUUCUAUUGAAGUCUAUACUAUAGAGUUUUCCAUUUAUAUUGAGAGUUUGAACAAUUAAGCUCCUAUUGGAACUUUUCCUUAAGCCACAUGAGCAUGAACAAUCUCUGUGACACUUGGGUGCUAGAGAAACACAACAGUGGCUAAAGUAGCCAAGAGCAAGACUGAAUGUAUAGCAGAGUGCCUUGUUAGAGUGGUAACCUAGUCUUGGAAGCAAUUCAGUGGAUGUUUCAUAAAGAGGACUAGAACUUCAAGAAGCCUCCUGUGCUGGCUGAGGUGAGCCCUUUUGGUAUAUGUACACUACUGGGUUGCCUAGAAGCCAAUUCGUGAAGAAUAACAGCAGGAUGAGAAAAAGUCACUGUAACCUGUGGAAUGACAACAUAAGAAUCACCAACCCCUAGGCUGAGCUAGAACUGGAAGCCAGGAAUAUGGCAAUGAGUUUCAAGAUUUGCCCUCAGAAGAUGAACUGGGUGAGGUAUGGGUUGGGAUGAGGGCACAGGCACUCAUCCUACCUACCCUGCUGCUGUUGAGGAGCUAGAAGUAAAACAUACUCGUUAGGAUUUUAACAGUUGGAGUAGCAUCCCAUUGUCAGAUUAAGUGGGGGUCAGUUUUGCUUCCAAACUCAGAAUAAGUUUGUAAACAUGGGAAAGUCUAAGCCAAGAGAUCUAAAGCUCUAGAAAUAUUAAUGACAUUUCUGGGAGUAAAACUACCAAAAAUUAUAUCUUAAAAGUUUCUAGUAGUAUAAAGUUCCCAGGCCGGGCGCGGUGGCUCACGCCUGUAAUCCCAACACUUUAGGAGGCCAAGGUGGGCAGAUCACCUGAGGUCAGGAGUUUGAGACCAGCCUGGCCAACAUGGUGAAACCCUGUCUCUACUAAAAAUACAAAAAUUAGCCAGGCAUGGUGGCAGGCACCUGUAAUCUCAGCUACUCGGGAGGCUGAGGCAAGAGAAUCGCUUGAACCCAGGAGACAGAGGUUGCAGUGAGCCAAGAUCACGCCAUCACACUCCAGCCUGGGAGAUAAGAGUGAGACUUCGUCUCAAAAAAAAGUUUCCAGGAAAGAUCUUUGGGUCCUACUAAGCAUCUCAAUUUUGAGUUAUGAAUACUUUGGUUCUGGGAAGUAACCUGACAUUUGGUUUUGCUGGAAUUAGGAUUUUCACUAGAUUUCACUGCAAUUAGGAUUUUCUUCUAGAUUUUACCAGCAGUGAUCUGAAAAAGUACAGGCUAGUCCCAGAAAUAGAGAUGGAUUUAGGAUACUACACUAUAUUUCAAAUGAUUCUAGAUGUGUAAAUGUAGUAUGAACAUUCUUGGAGAGGAGUGAGACAAACUGGACUUGCUGGGCCAACCCUGGCAUGUUUUUCAUUCGCCUCACUAGUUGAUAAGGAUUGAAAAUUCUGCUCCAGCCUAAUGAGUGAACAGGAUGGCUGCCCACAAAACCAGGUUAUUAGUUUUACCUCAUUGAAGCUCAUAUUCUCAAAGGCCGAAAGUGCUGUGCCGAGACAAAUCCAAGUGCUGCUCUUGCUGAAGUGCGCACUGAAGUCCAGCUGUCCGUGCUUACAGCAGUGCCGAAAGUGGGGAUUCCAUGGACCAAAAACGGUGCCAUAAGGGAAGCCAGAAGAGUUACGGUGCAAGAUCCUGGGAGAGAUUAUACCAAAGAAAUCAAGCCUUUUUAUCCUGAUGCUUCUAAGAUGAUGAGGGUGAGCUGUGCGAGAUGCCAUGGGAGGGGAGUUCACAUACAUUCCAUGUGUAGGCAUUUAGCUGAUAAAUCCAUCCUCAGAAAAGCACCUUUUUAAAAAGAAGUCCAUUUUGUGUAUUAGAAGAUGAUGAUGAUGAAGAUGAAGAAAGCCCUGGCAAAUAAAAAGUUCCUCAGUAUUUAAGGAGAAGGAACUCUUCCAUGUCCUCUUGACAUGACUGUGGCUAUUGCCCAAACCUCAGCUUGAGAACAUCAUAUCCAUAUAAUACUGAGAGCGGAAGAUUUUUUUAAAGAGAUAUGGUAGUUUUAAUAGGUUUGUUUAAAGAACUCUUGGGAAAUUUCCUAAUAAAUUGUAAUCGUUUUUAUAAACCUUCCUACAGAGUUGUUUACUAUUCAUCAUCACCAUCAUUUAAUAUCUAUAAGUGCCCAGAAUGUACAAGGUGCUAUACAGCUGUUAAACACCCCCUCCCUGCAACUGUUUAAAAUUAGAAUAGAUUUUUGCAUCACCCACUGCUAGAAGCUUCCCCCACCUAGGUGGGCUGCAAGGGCCUGCAUUCCCAACAUCCCAUUACAUGUUUCCCACUCCAGAAAGUCUCCGGGUUUAUUCCAGCUUUUUAUCUUGACGUGUCCCAUCCACCCCCAUGGUUUUGUUUUGUUUUGUUUUUUAAAUCAAGAAAGUUUCAGGGAAUCAAAAGAGGUCGGAAAUUUUUUAACCUAGCAGAAUUACAGAGUCAUAUAUUUUGCUACGAAUGUUGUUGUAGUACAGAAAACCCACUUUGCCCGUUAGUGUGUGGAUAGUAUGUGUGUGUCCGCACUCACGAUAACUUGAAUGUUGGACCAGACAUAGGGUUCAUUUUUGAAAGGUUAAACCACACUGCUUCAGGAACUUCCUCCAAAUACUACUUGGUUAUCCCUUCCUUUACCAGUUAGAACUAAAGAGUGUGAUGUAUGAACACACUGGGUUGGGAUUUUCUGUUGAGGAUAUGCAGGGCAUUUUGGCAUGAGGCAAAUACAGAAGCAAGAUUUCAUUCUACUUGGUGAUUUGAAUCAUGACAGUCCUCAUUCCAAUCUCUCUUUAAGUCUCUCUGGCCCUGCCCACACUCUAUAUUUGAAAAUCUUGUUUUUGCUCUUUCCGGAGCUUCACCCCUCUACUUACAUAUUGUAAAGUUGUAUAAAUCUAUCAUUGAAAGGUCCCCUCUGCCACCAGUGGCGCCCCCCUUUGGUUUGCUGUGGUACUUUGCUGUGUACUCUGUGGCAUCAUGUUACUGUGUAAAUAAAUUCAUUUUAAUACACACUAAAAAACAGACAAA